AACCCGGUCUCAUCAGCGCAAAACACCAAAAAGAAAACUCUCCACGAGAUGGAUGAAGAUUUGCGACUCAAAAUGGAGGGUCUUGCCGGGGAUGGAGGCGCAUCUGGGGUUGAGUAUGAGAAUGGGAAACCUGUUGCCAUGAAAAGGUCGGUGAAGGAAAACAUGUUUCGGUACAUUUGA